AUGUGCAGCUUUUUGAAGAGUGCAAUUCCAAUUGCUGUUGGAGAAACAGCAAAAGGAGUUUUGAAAAAAGAUGAAGAAAGAAUUUUUGUUUUUACUCUCACAGACCCCGACAAAGAUGUCCUCCUUUACCUCGACACUGGAGGCGUGGGGGACGUGGACAUUUAUUUGGGAAGUUCUCGAGAAAUAAAUCCAGAAAUAAACUCUUCAUUUUUAUUUUUUUCAAAUGACAGAGGAGAUGAUUUGCUGCUGCUGCCGCACAGCCACCCGCGCUUCCGGCGGCGCUGCAGCAGCAGCAUCGUCGAGGCGCAGGGCAGCUGCGUCUUCUACGUGCUGCUGACAGCAGCAGCAGCAGCAGCAGCAGCAGCAAACCCUUUCGCCCUCACCCUCAGCCUCCAAACCCUCAAACCCUCAUUCCUCGCUCUAAACCACCCCGUUGCCCAAACCCUAAGCCCUCGAGUCCCCGCAACUUUCCUCUUCGCCGACAUCAACCCGGACUACGACUACAGACUCACGC